AUUGCUGAUAAACAAUGGAGCUAACUUUUGGGUUAUAGGAUACGUGAAUACGAAUCAGGCAAUUUGGAAGCAUCACAUCAUGAACUCUGGUAUAUGCUUCGCAUAUGGGGUAUGGUGGAUAGGGUGUUUGAUAAUAUUCCCGGUCUGGAAACAGUCAGAGGAGAUGCAGCCAGCAUGAACACGUCCAUUCGAAAGUAUGAAAACUGCAUCAUUUCCUCUAUCACCAGAAUGAAGAGAAAAAUAAUGGGCAGACGUGGUGACCUGAUAUUGCAGAAGGGCAUAGCAGACUAUGGCUGCACCGAAGCAAAUGGAAUUUUGAUGGCCCAAACGGAAGCUGGAGAAUGCUGGGAAGUGACUUGAAGACACCAAAGAUGCUAAAAGACAUGUUGAAUCAUCUUGCCUCAAUGUGUCAACAAGAGGAAGCACGAGUUCUAAGAUUAAGGGCAGUUGGCUAUAUUCAUUCAGGAUUGUCGAUGGAGAUCCUCGUCAUGGAUGCUCCUAAAGGCUACAUCACUAGACUGAC